CGAUAUCGACGCCUUUUCGGACGCAGCUUCCAGAGUGCCGUGUCCACAGUCCAAGGAGAUUUUCCACAAAACCACCCGCCGGAGCCUCCACCUGAGCUCACGCCUUCCAAGGUUUGCACCCUGGCAGCCUACUUUUGGGGUGCCGUAGACCGCAAGGACCUCCGGACGGACCGCUAAAAGGCGCCCGAAAAUAUCUCGACUUCCUCUGCGCAUUCACACGGAGCCUGAAUACCAAUGAAGCAUGCCUCUAGGCGAUCCUUGGCUGUGGUCCGUCGAUGACCUUGUUACCCAGAUUUGUUAUUCCAGAGACCUCUUUGAUGCCACAGGCCAUGGAGCAUCGCAACUCCCGGAACCCUUCAGUUUGGAAACAGAACUUCGGAAGCAACAAAUCGCGGGCGCAGCAUUUCUGACGAGAGUCGACGCCGAUGUGUUACAGCAUGACCUUCAUAUUCCGGUGCCUGACCAGACGAGCGCUUUACUAGCCAUCAUCGAGGUGCUGCGUUCACGUUCACACAUAUACAAGCAGAAUGCUGCAACUGCGGGUGUAAGAGCCCUGGACAUCAGGAGUAACGAGCAAGGGGCAAACCGAUCUGUCCAAGGUUCCAGCGAAAUUGCCGUGACAGAUGCAAGCGGUCGCAAAAGACGCAAGGUCAACCAACUCGCCACCAUACCUCUACCAAGGUCGGAGCAAGGACUGCCCGCGACUUCUAUUCAAAACACAGUUUCCUCGGAAGGUCCCUCGAACUUAGCAGGAGAUUGGGACUAUUUAAACCAUUGGCGGCAGGCUAAUGAUCCGAACGAGAUCAUUGACCUCAGUGAAGUUGUGGAAGAGGACGAUGAUAUUGUCGAAGAGGUGGACGACGAUGAGCCCGACACUGUGGAGAACACCUGGACCGCCCGCACCGGAAGAUUGGACCGGGACGAAAUCGUCAGUAUUAUCAACGAAAGGAUAGAAUACUACCAGGCGCAGUGGCAGCCGGGAAAGGGGGAGGACGAGAUCCCCGAUCCCAUUACCCUGUGGGAAGAGGCUGAGGCUGAUGAUCGAAGGGCACGACUUGCUGAAGCAAAUAGAGCGAAUGCAGAGUUCUUCGAACAUCGACUAGACAAGCUAGGCGACGAGAUUCUCCGCUCCACAUGGAACGCAGUGGAUGAGGUGCGACGCGUUUGCGCCGGCCUAGAAACGACAGUCGAUCUUCUCGAACAGGCGAAAUGGCUCGUCUCGAUCUAUGAGCUAGCCCCUGACGCAGACGACCGUAGCAACGGUGGCGAGGGCCCCAGCCAGAAAUACGUUAAUGAAGGAGAAAGCGCAAACUUUCGUCCGAGCCGUACGACCGAAGUUAUCGAUUUGGGUUCGGAUUCGGAGACUCCAGAGCAGCAAGAACAGCAAGAGGAGGAGGAUAAGAUGUUUAUCGAUAUUGAAGCAACGACUGCGGACACAAUGGCGGGUCCGGACGGCAGUGGCUCGGCUAUAAUAGGGGACGUAAACACUCCGGAGCCUUUGGUGAUAGCGUCGGUCGAGCCAGACAACAAUGUGUUUUCCAGACAGGAAGACACGCCGACAAAGCGUCAAGUGGCACAUGGCGACAAUCCCGAAAUAGCGUCUAUCAACACAGUUGCGCACUGGCAUUGGAAUUCAUUGAUAGACAAAGUGGACCGCAAACGGAUUGUCAUGAAGGUCAUGCACGAGUUGGCUGCCACAGACAGAGAGAUGAUUCGCACCAGGGUUAAGUCUGUCAAAAAGCAGAAUCUCCUGAUGGAGAUACCAGCUUGCAUUGACAUGCUGCUCAAGAAAGAGAAGAAGAUGCAGGGGGUGUUACCAAGGGACCUCCCCAAGAUCCUCACCUUCACCAAGCUGUUCCUGUCCUGGUGGCUAGCGGACAAUUACUUCACCAAAGAAGCGACGGAGUUUCGUCUCGAAGAGCUCACAGAAGCCCUGGACGCAGGAUGCCCUGACCCCGAGAUAUUCUACGAUUGGGUAUGCCAUAUCCUCGACAACACCUUCAGCAAGGAGGCAUUGAAAUCUCCACAUGCUCCUUCCCAGGCGGAGAUCAUUGUGAUCUCUGACGACGAAGACGAUGCUCCGCCAGCGCCACAAUCAACUCGGAAUAGGGCUACGCCGCGGAGACAAGCGGAAACGGUGUGGUUGAAGUGAGUGCUCGAGGAUAGCUGGAACUAAUUGCAAGGGCAACAUUAGGCCGAGUAGUGUCAUUGCUUGUUGCGUUUGUGGGCGGCUCCUCUUUUGGCCGCAGGAUGUUGCUAGCGAUGAUCAUGGGCUGUCCGGCAAUCAAGGAUGUCAUCGC